CACAAUUUAAACACUUGUAGUCUGCAAGAUUGGCUCAUUAAGAGACAGAAGAGAAGAGAAGAAUCCUAGAAAUUGCAAGUUGAGCAUUGAUCAACGCUUUGAGACUACCGAGCUACAAAGACCAGAGCAAUAACUCAAGCUUCGACCCAAUUCCUUGUAUUAAUCACGCCAUUAGUCCAAGCUUUUCUCUCCUUUGUUGCACAUCAUCAAGAACAAGAAAAAGAAGAAAAAUGUCUGCUGAUUCUGUUUCAGUCCUUUUUCUCUUCUUCUUCACUCUUCUAACCCCACAUUUAGUCAUCUCAUCUCCAGUUCCUGAUCAUGAGCUGGUGGUACAAGAAGUACAAAGGAGCAUUAAUGUGUCGAGGAGGAACCUUGCCUUUCUCUCAUGUGGAACCGGCAACCCCAUCGACGAUUGCUGGCGUUGUGACCCCAAUUGGGAGAGGAACCGCAGGAGGUUAGCAGACUGUGCUAUUGGGUUCGGGAAGGAUGCUAUUGGUGGAAAAGAUGGAAGAAUUUACGUGGUUACUGACUCGAGCGAUGAUGAUGCUGUGAAUCCAAAGCCUGGGACUCUUAGGCAUGCAGUGAUUCAAGAUGAACCCUUGUGGAUUAUUUUCAAGAGAGAUAUGGUGAUUAAGCUGAAGCAAGAAUUAUUGGUGAGUUCCUUCAAGACCAUUGAUGGAAGAGGAGCUAGUGUUCAUAUUUCUGGAGGACCAUGCAUUAGCAUUCAGUAUGUGAGCAAUAUCAUCAUCCAUGGAUUACACAUACAUGAUUGUAAGGAAGGAGGGAACGCUCAGAUUAGAGUGUCUCCUAGCCACUAUGGGUGGCGGGGUAAAUCCGACGGUGAUGGGAUUACCAUCUUAGCUAGCAAGCAUAUUUGGGUUGACCACUGUUCACUCUCUAAUUGCUAUGAUGGUCUCAUUGAUGCCACCCAUGGUUCCACAGCCCUCACUUUCUCCAACAACCACUUCACUCAUCAUGACAAGGUCAUGCUCUUGGGCCAUAGCGACUCGUGUACUCAAGACAAGGACAUGCGGGUUACAGUUGCAUUCAAUCAUUUUGGAGAAGGGCUAGUUCAGAGAAUGCCAAGGUGUAGGCAUGGAUUUUUUCAUGUGGUGAACAACGACUACACCCAGUGGGAAAUGUAUGCCAUUGGAGGGAGUGCUUCUCCGACCAUAUUCAGCCAAGGGAAUAGAUUUCUUGCAUCAGACGACAACUCCAAGAAAGAGGUGACCAAACACGAGAAUGCACCGGAGAGCGAGUGGAGCAAGUGGAACUGGAUGUCGGAGGGAGACUUAAUGGAGAACGGUGCCUUUUUCCGGCAAACCGGAGCAGGAGCUUCCGCAAGAUAUGCUAGAGCUUCUAGCCUGACAGCAAGACCAUCGUCUCUUGUGAAUUCAAUAACCAGAACAGCUGGUGUACUUAGCUGCCGGAAGGGUUCUCGUUGCUAGCCACAGUGAAUUAAUCAACCCAAAAAAAAAAAAAAUCACUAUAUUAACUAGGCCUUUGUUCUGUGUUCAGAGAAAAAGCAUGACCUUCAGUUUAUUACAUACCCAGAAGUGACAUGUAAUUAAUUAACUCA